CAGCUCUUGUAGUUUCUUUACAAAUUGCAGAAUUGCUGUGUCAGUAUGUAGCGAAACACGAAAUACCUCUAAGAUGUCUAUGCCACGAUGCUCGAGGGACCUACUUGGUUUCUCACGCCAAUUGGCCCGACAAUGCGCGCGACGCCCCGGCCGACCUCCUCACCUGCACCUUCGCCCGACUGCUCGAGCCAUCGCGUCCUAUACCGCUCCCUACCAAACUAAUGCUAUAUCCGUAAUACAAAGCAAUGUGGAUUUAUCAUCAGAUGAAUUCAAGGAAAACGAACGGUUGAUGGGGGAAGCUAUGACCCGACUCGAGCAGCUUACGGAUGCAGCACAACAAGGCGGUCCCGCGAAAGCGAGGGAUAAGCAUAUCGCGAGAAAGAAGAUGUUACCUCGAGAUCGAGUCGCAGCAUUGGUAGACCCCGGCACAACGUUUAUGGAGUUAUCUCCAUUGGCAGGUCACGAACUCUAUCCCGAGGCGGAUGUGCCUGCUGGAGGUAUCAUCACGGGAGUUGGAGUCGUCGAGGGCGUUACAUGUGUGAUUGUAGCGAACGAUAGCACGGUUAAGGGAGGCACUUAUUAUCCUAUCACUGUGAAGAAACAUUUACGAGCUCAAGCGGUAGCCCAGGAGAAUAAGCUGCCCUGCAUAUACUUGGUGGACUCGGGCGGUGCGAAUCUACCUCAUCAAUCAGACGUCUUCCCGGAUCGCGAACACUUCGGACGCAUAUUCUACAACCAGGCCAGAAUGAGCUCGCAAGGAAUUCCACAGGUUUCAGUGGUCAUGGGUCUGUGUACUGCGGGCGGGGCUUAUGUCCCCGCUAUGAGUGACGAGAACAUCAUUGUAGAGGGGCAAGGUCACAUAUUCCUAGCUGGUCCGCCUCUUGUUAAGGCCGCCACAGGCGAGGAGGUCUCUGCUGAAGAACUUGGCGGCGGCGCUAUGCACACUUCUGUGUCUGGUGUAUCGGAUUACCUAGCGGUAGACGAUGCACACGCUAUUGUCCUCGCCAGGAGAUGUAUCAGCAACCUGAACUGGCCGCACAAAGCUACCCCGCCAUCGACGAGUUACUCUGAACCACUAUAUCCCGCCUCUGAACUUCUAGGUAUAGCAUCUACAAAUCUUCGCAAACCUCUCCCUAUCCACGAGGUGAUUGCGCGUAUCGUCGACGGAUCGCAUUUUUCGGAAUUCAAACGCGACUACGGGCCAACACUAGUGACGGGAUUCGCUAGCAUCUAUGGACAGCGUGUAGGUAUCGUAGCCAACAAUGGAAUCCUCUUCGGGUCCUCGGCGCAGAAGGGAGCGCACUUCAUCGAGCUUUGUGCUCAACGUGGGAUUCCUUUAGUCUUCUUGCAGAAUAUUAGCGGGUUUAUGGUUGGAGCCCAAGCCGAGCGCGAUGGUAUCGCAAAACACGGCGCUAAGCUAGUCACAGCUGUCGCGUGCGCUGACGUCCCCAAAUUGACAGUAGUCGUUGGUGGUAGCUAUGGCGCUGGAAACUACGGUAUGUGUGGCCGCGCGUUUGGUCCUAGGUUUCUUUGGAUGUGGCCAAACGCGAGGAUCGGUGUUAUGGGAGGCGAGCAGCUUGCCAGCGUCAUGGAAACGGUGGGGCAGAAGGCAGAUCCGGAGCUUAGGGAAAGGAUCGAUCGCGAGAGCGACGCUGUGUACUCGUCCGCUCGGUUAUGGGACGACGGUGUGAUUCCGCCGCAGCAUACGCGGCGCUAUCUCGGGUUAGGUCUGAGAGCCGCGCUGUCGGGUAGGAACGAUAUCCAGCCUGGCGAGACAAGAUUUGGGGUCUUCCGGAUGUAACCAACAAAUACCCACCCGAUAGAUUUCUUGAUCUAAGUGUUACCCAAGGUUAGGUGGCCCGGUCUAUUACGCAAGCUACGAUUUUCCUUUGAUGAACACUGGGUACGAGAUCUCAAGAGCGGUGAGGCCUAUCGCUUCUUGAGGUUUGACCGCUUCUACCUACCCCUGAAUAGGGGGCUUACCCAGUGGCUUCUGCUCAGCCAGUAAACAUUCAGAUUUCUUGUGCUUCAUCAGGAUUCGUCGGUAAUAAGACCAAUGGUUCCUAACUCCCAGCCAAUAGAUACAGGAAAACUCAUGUUAGAACUAAAAUUUCAUGAUUUUGACUAAUGAAUAUAUCCUAUUGAAUUUUGACGACGACCCCUAAA